GUGAUCUUGUGCGCCACUUCAAAGCCAAAAAAUCUCAGUACAUUUUUCUUUAUCAGAGUCGCGAUUAUUUUUAUAUUCAGAAAACUUGAAUUGCCUUGUCUGCACCAUAAUUAGCAUGGACUUGUACAUGGGUGGGUGAAUUUCAUCAACUAGUUGUGGAGCAGGAAAUAUCAAAGCAUCCAAAGCAGGCCCCUCAGCUGCCGCAAUUGAUAUUCUUGUUCGCUCUGCAUUCACCAAUGCUCUGUGUUCCGCACUUUUGUAUCUCCCAUUGCUCACAAUCUGUUUCCAAAAAAGGAAAUCACAUAUCUAUUCUCAGCAUCACCUAGUUAAGUUACCAAAUCAUUCAGAUCCCUGUUUUUUUCUUAAAAACUCAUACCUCCAAUUGGUCGCAAACGUGGACAACGAAGGUGUUUGGAACUGGUUGCACUGCCACCCAAUGACCCUUAUGGUGCACUUGCAGACCUCCCACCUCAUCUUGUAACAGUAUGGCAAGGCCACCAGGAUCAGAAUGCGGUGCAAAGCCCAAUGUAAGCUCUGGUUCUGGGCACCUAGGGUAAAAGUUUAGUACGCCAGCAUGGAGGCCCUCCCCGAACACAGUUUCUAUGAGUAUUUGUCGAUGCUAGAGUCACGAGAGAGAUUCCCGUUGACGCAGAGGUUGCGACCUGAGUUGUCAUUUGAGGACAGAGCUGCCAUCGAGGAGAUGGGUUUGAGACAUGUGCUGUAUGUGCCUGAGUUUCGGGCAAACAUGGGUUUGCUGACUGCACUGGCUGAGAGAUGGCACUCCGAGACUUGCACAUUCCAUUUGCUGAUGGGAGAGAUGACAGUUACCCUGGAGGAUGUAUAUAGGAUUAUGCGAAUACCGAUUGAUGGGGAGCUGAUUUCGUACGAUCGAGACGGAGACAGGGAUGCCCUUAGACGAGUGUUCUAGGAUCCAAGACUAGAGAUGAGGGUGGGACACGUGGCAUGGGAUACCAUGACAUGGACAGGAUUAGCACUACCAACAGUGUUGGCAGGAGUUAUCAGUGGGUUCCUUUGUAUCAGUUUUGUACCAUUUUGUAUAAUGAUGUAGACACCUGCGGGUGAUUGUAGCCAUAUGAUUUUGACAUC